AAAGAGAGUGCGCAAUUUGUACUUUGUACUGCUGUUUUUUUGCUUAAGAUAACACAUGGAUGACAAGCAAAUUAUCUUAUACUUCUUCGCGGCAAUUUGUCUUUUGGGACAACGAAAGGUAUCUGGUAAGUUUACAGUCAAAAUAUAUAUAGAUGCUUUGCAUGUUUGCGUCCUGAGGCAUAGUUUGACACCAUGCGAGUCAAACAGAAAGGUAUUUAUUUUCAUCCAAUUUGCGAUGAAUAUCUUUUAUAAAGCCAUCAUUGAACCUCCCAUUUUCCCAGCUCUACCGACUUCUUUCCGAAUCGUGAUCAGUUUCGUCUAGUAUUCCUCUUCAGUUUAAAAGCAUUUUUUGUUCGCAUCACAAUGGCGGAAUAAUAAGAAAAUGUGAAUUCAAGACAAUUCUUUGGAGUUUGUGUUACCCCCGGUUGCGUGACGAUAAUUCAACGUGCAUUUUAUGCAAAAACAUCGAAAAUGAACUGCCCGUUUACCUCUCUCGGCGAGUUGCUUUUUAAGAGGCUGUCCGCGUAAGAACCGAUAAGGCAAAUUUCGGUCCAUCACGGAUUGCCCUGAUUUUUUCAGUGGAAGAUAACUAUCCUAUCACAUGAAGAAAUAUCACAUUUAUUUGGACCAACUCAAGUUUUUCUCUAUUUUAGAGGAAGAUUUUCUCGGUCACCUAAAAACCAGCCAGUUUGCCGUCGGAAGUGGUGCGAUUUUGGUGAAACUUUAGGGCUCUGUCAAACCUACCUUACUUAGCAGAAUAAACUGAUUAUUUUACACACAAAAGUUUUAACUCUGGUUAAUAGUUUCAAGGUUCAGUGGUUGCAUUCUGUGGAAAGUUGGCUGAGAUAUGAUUUUUUUAAAAUGACCUAUAAUUUGCUCAGCAGGAAAAGUAAUUUGCAUAACUAGAGCUAAACGGUAAUUUCGCAAAAGUGGCACCUGACCCAGACUCAAGUCUAUGAUAAAUCAGAAGUACUAAGACCAGUCUACUUCUUAACGCAAUAAAAUUUGUGGGCACUCUUCUUGCGUGCCGUGCAAAGUUCCGUUAAUGUUACAAAAUUCGCCAUUUUGACAGCAAAGCCGGAAUUGUAACGGGUCCGCAUUUGAUCGACUAAUUUCCACAGCUUUAACGUUUCUAGUUAUCACUAAAUGUCAUUAGACCCUUUAAAUGUUGGACGUUUGCAAACAUGUGGAGAAAACUUAGUAAUCGCUUUUCCUUGAGUCUUUUUCUUGUCGACGAUGAACGUGACUUCCUUCUUCGUAUGCAAAUUAGCCUUAGUUCGUUGUUUCAACAAAUUGACAGGAAAUAUAAUCCUUACAUUUCACAUUUCUAAGGGGAAAAUAACUCUCCUUUCCACAGAAAAACACAAAUCAUGACUUAAAAUCCCCUUAAGGUCUGGUUUUUUUUCUUUUUUUUAAAGAGUAUAUGUUUGCGUGGCUUAAAAUAAUUCAAUUAUUGUCGCCUGUCACGCAUUCUUAAGGAGGGGUGGUCGAUUAGAGAACAAUAGCGUUGUGUCGAUCAAUUCUACAAUAUUAUCAGCUUUUUUAAAAUGAUAGCUAUUGAUAAUAAUAAUAAUAAAAGAGUUCACUUGCAAGGUAAGUCGUCUUGUCAGCACACGAAAAUUUUUGGGCACUCUUUUUUGCGUGCCUUAAAAAAUAGCGUUAACGUCGAAAGCUUUAUUAUGAUAUUUGCUUAUCAGGAGAAGGUAGAUCUUUGUACAUGGCACUAUGAUAAAAAAAAAAAAUGCCCUACACUUUUUCUAUCUUAAAUUAGCAGUAAAUUUCAGUUUCAUUCAAAGAUCUUUAAAACGUUUAUCGGUAGCAGAAUGAAACGGGAAAAAUAGUUCCUUUUUUCAGUGAAUAAACGCAAAAGGGAAUAUCUUUUUAGUUUUUGUUAGGGUAUAACAUCCGAAUUCCAACGAUGAUCUUGUUUUGGUUUCAAUGUGAUUGAAUUAUAAUGCAGCAGGUGCCAAUUUCAGAUAUUAUUAUGUCAAUGAAAUCGCCGAAGAGAUCAAUUGUGAAAAAUGGCUUUUUCGCCUAUUUCAUCAAGCAGUUCUUCCGCGAGAUCGUUGACAGACUGAGGUCCCAGUAGGGGUGUGGAGGAAAAAGUGUUGGUCACCGAGUGCAUGGAUGAUAUUACGUCGCACUUAGCCAGCUGUCACUUGUCUAAGUGUAGCAAGUGUAGCAAAGGCAAUGAAAAUGAACUCAUUUUAGCGAGAGUAAGUAUUCGAGGCUUGGUGGGCAUUCGGAACUGAAAUGACAAUCUGCCCACGGCACAGACACUAAAUAGCCUGUGUACAGACCCCCCUCCCCUCAGGAAAAGUCAGAGAAGGGGCCCCUUCUACGAGGAGGGGGGAAGGGUAGUAUGUACAUAGGCUAACACUAAAAUGGCAAUCUGCCCAAGGCACAGACACUAAAUAGCCUGUGUACAGACCCCCCUUCCCCUCAGGAAAAAUCGGAGAAGGAGCUCCUUCUAAGAGGAGGGGGAGGGGGGGUAGUUUGUACACAGACUAACACUAAAAUGACAAUCUGCCCAAGGCACAGACAUUAAAUACCCUGUGUACAGACCCCCCUCCCCUCAGGAAAAAUCGGAGAAGGGUCUUCUUCUACGAGGAGGGGGGGGGGGGGGGUAAAAUGACAAUGUGCCACAGGCUAACACUAAAAUGACAAUCUGCCCAAGGCACAGACACCUUCUUCGCAGGUUUUGCAGGUUUUGGGCGCCAAGUCUUGUUAGGCUCGAUUGUCAGCCGCUGUUCUGGAAAAUGAAAACCAACGGACGGGGAGACGGCGGAAAUCGAGCCUAAGGUCUUGUCAAUACCCCGGUCACACUCUGGAUCAUACUGGCAAAAGAACUUCUGUGGCAGGAAGACAUGUCGUAAAUUUCCAGAUAGCCAGCGAAAUAAGUCAAUGUUUUGUUCCAUCACGUAAGUAUCAUUCUUUUUUCUUCUUCACGCAAAAAAUUUUCUUAACGUACAGAGAUAUUCUAAUUUCUCUAUUUAACAUUUUAUCUUGCGAUGUUUUCUGUUGCAAGAAGACGAGGAGUUCGAAAGGCAAAACCUUGUUGCAGAAAUCGCUGAAGAAUUGAGACCACAACACCCUCAACCAGAAGCUUUCAACCUAUGUGUAAUGUCAAAGGAAGAGCAACGUAGUCAUUUCAACGUGGUAAUGCUAAAAAAAUCUUGUGUCACUUUGAAAUACCAUUCAAAUCCAGGGAAAGAAAAGGAGACCUAAUUGACAAACUUUCGUCUUUCAUACAAGAUUGCGCGUGCUUUUCUCCAUCAGCUCAGGAGUGAACAUAGGGAUCCUUAAUUCAGUGUGAUUAACAGCCGGCAAAAACUUUUGGGAUUUGACAGGAGACGGACCGUAAACAAUAACUAUGCCUUUUUCUGCAUGCCAUUCCUCAUUUUUACUGAAAUGCUGUUAAUUGGCGAUAAACACAAUGCUCUGUUAAUACUAGCCUGAGUAUCAGGCGUUUCUGGGGAAAAGGGGAAAAAUUGAAAAUCUCCUCUUCCCUAGCCCCGUAGGAAGGCCUGAUACUCAGGCUAUGUUAAUACCACCCUAAAGUUUGUAGGGUAGCCUAUAGUUAGCUAGGGAUCUAGGAAGUGUGGGGCCUAAAGGACUUUGCAGGUGUGGUCCUGUGGUGUCGCACGAUAUUUCUGAAGCUGUUUGCGAGCUAUUGUUAAUUCUGUAACUGAAGAUAUUGUGCUAGUGCUCGUGAAUAAGAGUGGCGGUGUCCAAGUGACUAUUUUGUAGCUAAUUGUCGUGUAUUACACCAUGGGCUGUCAUAUUAAACCCUAUCCUCACGGUGGGGCCCGGCUGAUUCAGUUAAAACGGUCGUAGAAUGAAUACAGCUAUUUCGAAAAAGGUUGUCGGAAAAAAUGCACGCGACAAUCCCGGAAGGUAUUGUUGGUGGUUUUGAGAUCUCUGCUCUUCAUAGAAAUUUUGAAAGAAUGGCACGAGAGGCCAUGGACAUAUGUUUCCGAGCGCUAAAGCGAAGCAGCAAAAGUAGGUUCGACAGCUACACUGUCAGGAACAGUGUAUUGAUCAUAUCCUAUAUUACCUUUCGGGGUUGUCGCGUGCACUUUUUUCCCGACAACCUUUCUCGAAAUAGCUGUAAAUACAACAGCACGGUAUUUCCCACCCAGUAAAGAAUCGGAAGUAACAGUGAUUAAAUUGUAUGAUUAUCAAUAACUAUCACUUCAAAAAAAAUAUAAUCAGAUAAAAGAACUGAUCGAUACACGGCCACUCUCGGGGAAUGCUAGACUUUCAAAAAAGUCCUUCGUCGGAUUUCAUAUGGCGCGUCGUUCGCGGUCCAAACAAGGCUCGCUCCGCUCGCCAAGAGGUCGACUUGUAGCAAGUCUAGGGGAAUGCGUGACGGGCCAAAGUAAUUAAAUUAUUUUAAUUCGGGUAAACAUAUCUUCUUCUACUGCUUCUUCCCUUAAAAGAAACAGACCUAAGGGGAUUCUAAGUCAUAUAUCGUUCGUAUUUUUCCGUGGAAAGAAGAGUUUUUUUCCCUUAAAAAUGUGAAAUAUAAGCAGUUAUGUUUCCUGUCAAUUUGGUGAAACGAUCGACGCAUCUAUGGUAAUUUGCAUACGCAGAAUGAAGUCGCGUUCUGAUCGUCGACAAGGAAAAAAACCAAGAAAAAGCGAUUACCAAGUUUUCUCCUCAUGUUUUCAAAAGUCCAACAUUUAAAGGGUCUAAUGACAUUUGGUGAUAACUAGAAAGGUUAAAACUGUGGAAAUUAGUCGAUCAAAUGCGGACCGUUACAAUUCCAGCUUUGCUGUCAAAAUGGCGAAUUUUGUAACAUUAACGGAACUUUGUAAAGCGCGCAGAGAAGAGUGCCCACAAAUUUUAUUGCAUUAAGAAGUAGACUGGUCUUAGUACUUCUGAUUUAUCAUAGACUUGAGUCUGGGUCAGGUGCCACUUUUGCGAAAUUACUGUUUAGCUCUAGUUAUGCAAAUUACUUUUCCUGCUGAGCAAAUUAAAGGUCAUUUUAAAAAAAUCAUAUCUCAGCCAACUUUCCACAGAAUGCAACCAUUAAACUUCCACACUGUUAAUCAGAGUUAAAACUUUUGUGUGUAAAAUAAUCAGUUUAUUCGGCUUUGUAAGGUAGGUUUGACAGAGCCCUAAAGUUUCGCCAAAAUCGCACCACUUCUGACGGCAAACGGGCCAGUUUUAGGUGACCGAGAAAAUCUUCCUGUAAUAUAGAGAAAAAAUUGAGUUGGUCCAAAUAAAUGUGAUAUUUCUUCAUGGGAUAGGAUAGUUAUCUUCCACUGAAAAAAUCAGGGCAAUCUGUGAUACACCGAAAUUUGCCUUAUCGGUUCUUACGCGGACAGCCUCUUAAUUGCCCAAGCUGGAUUUUUCAUAUGUUGUACUACAACAGUGGGGCUUUACUGAGAUAUAAUGAUUCUCAUAAAAUAUCAUGUACCAAGCCGUGAUUUUAUCCUUUAAAGUUUCCCAAAACUUCAUUUCUUAUGAAAGUGCUGCAAAUAGGAAUCUUCGGGCGAUUUUUAACCGAGUAAAAAAUGUAUUAUCUUGCAAUAUUUUUACCAAAUAGUAUUUUAACUGGGAUGCCUUACUUACCUGCCAAAGACGAACUUGUUUCUUUCAACCGCCUUUCUUCCCGAGAGCUUUGAAAAUGGUAAAAUUCAAAGGUUUUAGACCGGCGACUAUAUGACGUGGGGCAGCAUUUCACUUUUUGGCAGUUUUCUCGAAAAAGGAAGUCCUUUGGAAACUUUGAUUGUGAUUUUUGAUAAUGUUUUACCAAAGGGUUUUCCUGACCGAAAAUGAAGUAUUUCCAAAUUUGUGUUUUGAAGGCAAAUUCUCUAUAUUAGAGACCUUUCGCAUCAGGCAAACCGCAAACCGCAAACGGCAGUUUCGCGUUUGCAGUUUCACGUUGCCAAGAUUUCAAACUUUAGCAAGGCGUUCAGUUCAGUUCAUUUUUAUUUAGCCAAAAUAUAAUAUGAUACAUGGAUAUAUUUUGGAAUUGUAAUGUUGCAAGGGAGCCCAGAAGAAACCAGACUUUAUGAAGGCUGGGCUUCCCAGUCUCAAAGAAAUAAGCAAAAUGAAAUGAAAUUCGCGGAGUGAUACGUCAAAAAUAGGAACUAAACAGAGACUGAGUUAAGUUAUGAAUUCAGUAACAAGAUAGACAAAAAAAAUUAACUCUGGAUUGGAACAGAAUACUUUCCUUUGUUAGUACGGCAGAAAGGAAUAUAAAAUUGAUUUGAACUACGCGUUCAUUGUUUAGGGCCGCCAUAUUGUUUUCAGCAAGUCGAAGUGCAUCGUUUGAAUUGCCCAAAAGUCAGCAAUAAUUCAUUGAUUCGAGAUCAAAAAUCGAACAAACGCAUCGCAAACGGAUAUUAAAAGCUAGUUCAUACCUUUAAACGCGAGGCUCUACAAUUUUUUGCGGCAAAAAACCUUGCCGUAAAUCACUUACCGCUGGAAGCGCUUCUUGCGGUUCAAACGUGAACUGCAAACUGAAAACGUGACCGCAAGGCCGUGGUCACGUGAUAUUUUGCGGUUUGCAGUUUCCCAUGAAAAACCUAGUGCUAAAGGCCCCUUAUUGACAGACCGCCGCUCUUAAUCGGGGGCAAAUCUUAAAAAGAGAGUGCGCAAUUUGUACUUUGUACUGCUGUUUUUUUGCUUAAGAUAACACAUGGAUGACAAGCAAAUUAUCUUAUACUUCUUCGCGGCAAUUUGUCUUUUGGGACAACGAGAGGUAUCCGGUAAGCGGUUACAGUCAGAAUAUAUCGAUGCUUUGCUUGUUUGCGUCCUGAGGCAUAGUUUGACACCAUGCGAGUCAAACAGCGAAGUAUUUAUUUUCAUCCAAUUUGCGAUGAAUAUCUUUUAUAAAGCCAUCAUUGAACCUCCCAUUUUCCCAGCUCUACCGACUUCUUUCCGAAUUGUGAUCAGUUUUGUCUAGUAUUGCUCUUCAGUUCAAAGGCACUUUUGGUUGCAUCACAAUGGCGGAAUAAUAACUUUCAUUUUUCAUAUAUUGCGGAAAUGAGACCUCAGGCAAUGAUGGAACUUUAUUUGUACUUAAAAAAUAAAGAAAGGCACAUCUUGGAAGGAAAUCCCUUGAAGGGAUCACUAAGAAAUGUGACCUGGAAAGCAAAAACGGCCACUAGUGUUAAAAGGAUGGCACGCUGGAAUAGUUUACGGUUAACUGAAGACAAGUUUUUAAAUGGAUUCCAUUUCCCUUUUAAAAGAUAACGAUAAGCGUGGAAGAGUCGGGCAAAGCAAAUUUUUAACGGAAAGCCGCGAGCGUUAAAUGGCAGAACAAAAUCCAAAAAACCCGUUGUCUCAAAAGAGAUGCCAGACUUUAAAAAAAGUAGCUUCUUUUACGCGGGUGCAAUACUGUAUGUUUUAACAUUCGUUUGAACAAGAUGCUUAAAUAGGUCUAGCUGAUAGAUGCAUUCUAGCCAACCGGUAAUUUCAAUGUUUUAUCCCUUUUUGUAGCAUCAUGUGAACAAGUUGAUGUAGGAGUGAGCUGGUACAUUCUCGACAAUCAGUUAAAUGCUUCUUCUGAACUGAAUGCCAGCACACCAGCAAAGAACGGUAGACUGAACUUCGUGGCGGGAUCAUCAUGGUGUGCAUCCACAAGUGACAGCAGUCCAUAUCUACAGAUUGACUUACAGAUUCCUUAUAUCAUCUGUGCUGUAUCCACUCAGGGGAAUUCCCAGGGGAGUCAGUGGGUGGAGUCUUACACCCUACAGUCAUCUACAAAUGGGACAACAUGGACAGACUAUAAAGAAAAUGGACAAGUUAAGGUAGUUGAAGUUAAAGGGUGCAUAUAGUAAUGGCCUGGCCCAUGACUUUAAAAAGGAAAAAUGCUUUUUUUGAGUUUUUUUGCUUUUUCCUACCACCCUACUUAUGGUAAGACUGGUCUUGAUGCAAGCACAAAUCUGAUUGAUAGUGGAAUUAUGUUGACUGGACCUUUCUUGCUUGACAGUUUUAACCAAUGGUAAUCAUCCUAAGAUAGGCUUUUUUUAUUUUACACCACAACUGUUGAGAUACAGUUCUAGUGGUAUUGAUUGAAUAUCAUUUAAAGGGAAGAUGCCCUCUGCAACUUGAGAGCAACAGUUUCAGUUCAUGUUAAUAUGAAUAAAAUGUUAAGAGCUUCAUUUCGGAGGUACAUGUACUUACAGUAAGAUUAUUCUUGUGAAUGAACCAAGUACACAGGUCCCCGGGACACAAGUAAAAGGAAACCAGUGUCAAGUUUAUUUUCACUCACGUACAAAAGUGAUCUUAAUACAAUACUUGUGUGUAUAAAAAAAAAGUGUUUUUGGGCUCUGGAUUUUUCUUGAGCUGUGAAGGCAGGGAACUGUGAGAUUUGUAAGCAGGAUGCAAAUUAAAUGUAUUAACAGGCUUUUCUGAGCAAUAGUUGCAGUAGUCGAGAAAAGAAAAUGUUUUAUCCCAUUCUUAAUGCUUGCCACCAGACUGGUUCUUUGAAUGUGCACGAGGAUCAUUUGUUGGGCACCAUUUAAAAUUGUUGGAUCAAAGGACUUGAGGCAAAAUUUUUGUCUAAGAAUUAAAUUUUUGCCAUUUGCCGAUCAGUACACAGCUUUCUGUCAUUCCAAGAAGAUUGGGAUGAGAGAGGUGAUGGAAUAGACGUUUGUUUUUAGCGCUCCAGCAUAAACGGGUCUAGAAGAUAAAAUUUCGCUCCAAUUCAAGUUGACAAGCAAGUACAUAGCAUUCCAUAAUCUAUUUUACCCCAAAACCUGCAGGAUUCAACCCAACAAAGUCAAUAACGGACACGGGUCUCGAGCUCGGAAGAAGACGACCACUCCAGACAUACUCCAGCGUGCUAGCCGAGAACGCUGUUGUUGAUUCAGGACAGUCAGAUGAAGUUAGAAAAGCUGAAGGUGCUUGACAAAAUUAACGACCGGCUAAGUAAAAUUGAAUACGAUAUAAAAAAAACAUCAAAGGUAAUGUCGCAACAGUGAUGUGGCAGAUGUAGAACAAGACUUGGAAAGAAAGUGGAGAAAGAGAAGCUUGAGGAACUGGAAAACGAAGUUGAGGAAUUACACAACACGUCUAGGCGAAACAACCUUGUAUACUAUCAUGUUCCGGAAAAAGCAGAAGGACAAGAAUGUGCAGAUUUCAUCCAAGACUUUAUAGCUACUCACAUGGGCCUAGAGACUCUAUGUGUACAUGUUGAAAUAGAACGGGCGCAUCGUACAGCAACAAGGCGAGCGAAAAAUUCUGACAACGAAAAACCAAGACCAAUUCAUGUAGCGUUCUUACGAUACACUGAUAAACGCCGCUGUUAGACGAAAGGAUAAUCCCUUUCAAGGAAAGAGAACACAAGAACGACGAAAGGAGCUCGUUCCCUAUAAAAAAAAAAUCUAUAGAAGAAACUAGGGCAAAAAGAAGGGCUUUCAUUGCUUACCCUGGACGAGAAUGGUAGUGAGAUGAAAAGCGAAUAGAAAAAAUAAAUAAAUAAAAAUAGGUAAAAGGAGCCUUUGACUGAAAGUUUAUUUUUGCGCGAGGUUUAUCGAACUCUACACAGCAGAACUCUAAUGCUCCAUUUAGGGGGUAAUUUUUGCAUAAUUUGCAUGAAUUUGCUUAAUUGAAAUUCCAAGAAUUUAAGUUAGAGUUGAUUCUGCACAACAUUCUCCUAGGAAGGUUUUACAAAAUAGAUGUUUUUGUUUCUGCUAUUGUUGUUUUCUAUUAUUAUGUUUUAUGUAACUUUGUCCGUGUACCAUUGCGGUAUGCUUUGCCAGUUCGACUCGAUUGACGAACGCGGAUCCGUAAUCAAUGAUUUCCUCUAGUUAUUAAUAAAUGUUUGUCGCGUUCGUCAGAAGGCAUCUUAAUCUGGUGUUUCUGUAGCACAAAGGCAGAAAUUUUCAAGCUAUCACGGGCGACUACAAAUUAGCCGCCUCUGCUAAUUUUAUCAGGGGCAUCUCGGCCGGGAAACUAGACUCCUUUCGACUCGAUUUCGUUUCCGUAAGUGACGAACGCGGAUCCGUAAUCAAUGAUGGCCUCUAAUUUAACCAUAGUGGUAAACAACGCCGAGAUAGAAAAACAAAUAGCAAUAAGUAUUAAUUCACGUGAAUAUUACUAUUAUAAAUGGAAACCUUUAAUUGAGAAGAAUUUUCAACCAGUAAGGACUAUACUCAACAUCAGAAUUGCAUUGAUUUUAGUGUACUUUUGUAGCAAGACUGCAAUACAAUGUACUGUAAUUUAUUGUAAAGUAUGGUAAUUUCUUUUUGUUCUUUAUUGUUUUUUUUUUUAGUUUAUUUAAAGGCAACUUUUGUUGUCUACGUAAGUCAUGGUAAGUGUUGUUAGAGAUUGAAAUAAAAAACUAUAUUUAAAAAAAGAGAAAAUUCCAAGAGGAUUCAGCCACAUAAAUGGUUUAAAGCAAUGGGCAAAUGAUCUACACUUGAAAAACUUGCUGUAAAUUUACUAUUACUUUUCAGCUUUCAGAUUCAUAAAGUAAAGUACGUGUAACUAAGUCCCCUCCUUGUGAAACUACUCGGGGUUCUGAUCUGAUCUACAUAGAGGGUAAAUUAAUAUUAUCUGGUUUCCUUGGUAAUCCUGACACAGGACAUCACCAUGUGUAGCUCAAAUGUUUAUGUUUCCCUAUGAAAGGUAAGGCAGAAAGUUUGGGGGGGGGGCGGUGGAGGAGGGGUAGGAGGAGGUAGGAAAAGGCUGUGGCUGUUGUCACUUCUUUCAGGACACCACUCAGAAACAAUUUAGCUCUGGUUUGUGCUUUUGUCUGCUUCGUAAAGUGUUAAAGCAACCCUGGCUAAUUGAGUCAUAAAUUGGAUACCCUUUUAUUGUACAGUAGAAUUUUGGUAUCAUUAAUACUACAGUUACAGGUGUUCAGGUGUUUUUAGGAAGGGCAAGAUGAAAGAAUAGGGGUGGGGAUGAUGUGGGGGAUGGGGGGGGGGGGGUUGGGGUACUCAAACUCCAGGGCUAACCCAUUUUCUGCUGCAUGAAGCACCUAGGAGUAUAAAUUGCUUCUCCCCUGUGAAUGGAAUGUUAGUCUGUUCAAAGGUUACCUUCAUCACACUUAUAUACUGAGGUGGAAGAAUGACAAGCGUGUAAAGGAGAAAAGUUCCAAAUCCAAAUCCAAAUCCAGCAGGGGGGAGUGGGAAGUGGGGAGUGAGAGGUUGAUACCCCACUGGGUUCACAGGAAAGUCACUUAGAGCCAGGGACCAGGAAUUUCCUAGCUAUGUCCUACUACCAGUAUGACCCCUGGCUACUUUCAUAGGAAACAAAACGAAAGCAGAAUGAACCAAUAGAAUUUCCUUGCUGUUCAAAUUCUUACCUAUAAUUUGCAUAUAUCUUGCCACUAAAAAUCUUAGUGACAGCCCUGGGUUUAAUACCUUGAACUCUAUCUUUACUGCUUUAAGAAUUACCACCUAAAUGAUAAGCCUUUUUUUGUUCAAUUUUGAUUUUUUUUUUCCAGACCUUCAAUGGAAACUUCGAUCAGAACUCAGUAGAAAAACAGAUCUUGUUCAGUGCAUUUGUUGCCAGAUACUUGCGUUUUGUUGUUGGGUCUACACAUGGUGGAGCUUGCUUACGAGUAGAAGUCUCUGGCAUACCUAGAAGCAGCGGUUUGAUAUUUUUAAUUGCAGAAAUUGUUCAGUUUGUAAGGAAUAUAGUUUUUUACCCAGUUGUGGAACCUUCCUUCCUUAGCAUCACUGAAAAGAUCUUUUUCCUUUUUGCAACAACAUCAGCUCUUGAACCAUUAUCUUUUUCAUUCUUUUCAAAAAUCUUGUUAAAAUACAGUCUUUGCAAGUAAUUCACUGUAUGGCGUAGUCUCUCCUCACUCCUUGCCACUAAAGACAUUUCACAUGAAAGAGGUCUGCAAUUUUGCCCCAAAGAUUUUAUAUUGAUCAUCAUAUGUAGAUUUGUCUGGAAUCUAGUCAACGAACAGGGAUUGGUCAAAGUUGUCAUUCUGUUCUUUUAGUUAUUGUUUACGAAUGACAGAAACAUACAAAAGGUCACAAAGAUGUACAGGACAGUAAAUGCCAUGAAUCAACUAAAAAAGUCUUAUAACAUAGCGCACGUGCUUGCCCUAUAUAAGUUCUAUUGAGCCGCUAUGAACAAAAUCUUUAUUUACGCACGCCCGUGCUUAAAGAAGAUGACGUGAGCAUUUUUUUUUAAGCUGGCUGCAAAGAACAGUUCUCGUCUUUUAAGCUGUAGUGCAGCGAAGAACUGCCCGAUUUUUAUUUCGGCAUUGACCUUUUAGGUCCUGAUCGAACAAGCAGCAAAAAUAAAGCCGAAUUAAAAAAAUUCGCAAGUGGCGAGUUUCGCAAAUUUGUCGGAAGACCAGCUGCAGCAAAUUUUGGCCGAAAGACAUUCACUGGGAACAGAACGAACACCAACUGGUCAUCAACAACAUUUAUGGGUAACAUUUCCGUUUUUAUUGUUGUUUUUAAAUUUGUUACGCACUUUUGUUAUCUCCGGACAAUCCGACUGAAGCAGGAAAAUUUCUCUCGCAAUAACAACACAAAUUACACAAGAAGACAUAAAUUUAUUACUCACAAAAACAACUGCUGCCAGGUCUUCUCAAGAAGCCGUAAUGACCAGCCAAUGUUCGUAAAUGAAUAUAAGUUUAAAGAAGGAUGACAGACAGGCUAAAAACAUGUUUUCUGGAUUUCGCCGAACAAAUCCAUACCAUACUCCACGACUUCUUACGAACAUGUUAGUAUUUUAACUUUAGGUGAACUUUAAGACUCUUUUACCUUUGUUUCUGCUUAGUUUCCAUUGAUCGUUAACGAAUAAAGAAGCAAAUUUACUUUCUCAGUUUUGCAGAAAGAAUAUUUUCGUUCAAACUAGACGAUUGUGGCGUGUUCGUAAUCCGCCAAUAGAACCCUUUGUUAUUGUGUAACGCGUUACGAGAAUUUUGCAGUUAAUCAAAAAGCAAGCAUUUUUGUCAGCUAUGUUAUCAAAGAAUUUCCUCAUGCUCUUAGCUGUGCGUAUAUCGAGUUAUGGAUGCACUCGGGAAGUUUGGAGAGCACUCAAGAAGCUAGAGUUGCACUCGACUAUCGCCUCGUGCAACUCUUACGCAUCUUUCGUGCUCUCCACAUUUCCCGCGUGCAUCCAUAACUCGAUAUACGCACGCUAAGCAUGAACAAAUUCUUAAAUGAUUCAUGGAAUAUAAUCUUCUUUAUAAGAAGAAUUUGAGUUUUGCUGCAGCAAAUAGACGAGGAGAGACUUUAAGACAAACAAUUUUCUAGCUAGAACCCCAUGACUACAAGAUUAAUUUUGUAAACAUUGAUUCAUGUCAUCAAUAUGGAAAUUUGGGGGCCAUUUUGCAGAUGUAUUUCCUGUGAAAGGUCUUCAUUGGCAAGGAAUGAAGAGAGAUGGCUAGAUGUGUUUUCAAGAUAGUUUGUGACCAACCUGUCAAAAUUAAGAGGUUGAGACUCAACUGAUCAAUACUUGCCAAGACUAUUUUUUUAUACUCCACUGCAGACACACUAAAUAUACAACUGUACAUGUACUUUGAACAUUAACAAGUUGAUUCUGGAAAGUCUUCAAUCCUUGAUUUUCCUCUUUUUAAGCGUGUGCUCUAAGAAAAAUUCUAAGGUUCCCAAUGCUCUGUACCUGUGAAACCCAAGUUACCCAGCAUAUGAUUUCCAUGCAAAAGCUGAAAUUCUCUAGUCUCCCAAGAACAGAAUUAAGAACCCUGAAGUGGUCUCCAGGGGCUGGGGCUGAGAGCACAACCUGCAACCCUGCUACGUGUAUCUGUAAUUUUUAUUAUUUGUUUGGUUUUCAGUUCAGAGUAAUAUUGCCCUAUUCAAGCCGACCUCUCAGACAAGUACAUACAAUGCCAAUUGGUAUGCUAGCAAUGCGGUGGAUGGAAAUAGGGGUCCACAGUCCAGCAAGUGUACACACACUUUAACAGAAAGCGAUCCUUGGUGGCGAGUAGACCUGGGGCGAGUAGAGCCUGUAGCUGAAGUGAAUAUACUCAACAGAGGAGAGUGUUGUGGGACGAGGUUAAACGGAGCUGAGAUAAGAGUUGGUAGGUAGUAAGUGUGGGAAAUGCUGUAAUCAGUUGCUUUACCUUGUUCAGAUUUGUUCCUUGUUCAUUUUGAAAUAUUUCAAUUAAUAUGAGAUUACUUUUCCAUUGGCUUUUGCACGUGAAGCACGCUUUUUUGUCUUUCCCUUGCCGUUGUUUCGCACGACUACAACGCUGUUUUGUACGACUAAAACGUCAAACUUCCCAGUUACACAUUACUUUUAUGGAGGAAUUGUCGCAUGUGCUUACCCAAUAUUUUGUUUCCUGUGUUCAUGUUCGCUUUUAUUUUUCACUGUUGCUCAUUUUCACUUUGCUGGCCGCUAGGAUUUCUCAUUUUCUCACCGCCGCUUUGAAUUGCCAUGUUUUUCUUCCUACGAAAUUUGUCUCCUUUGUUUUCAAUAACUCGCUCUAGCUCUUUCUCUGUUAUCCACGUUAGUGUAAACAUCAAAAAUAAUGCCCAAAUAGACACGACUUUUUUCUUUCUAAAAGUCGGGGCGGCCAUGUCAUUUCCUUCCAAAUAAAACCUUGAGUUGCAUUUAAGUUCCCAUACCUGUUGAUUGAGUUAUUUUACAUUGGUAUGCCGGUGGUUCGGAUGGACGGUCGCUCGCUCGCUCGGUGUACGGUCACGUGAUUACCAAAUUUUCUCGGAUGGGUAGAUUACCACAUUUCCUUAGCUAUGGGGCUCUGCUAGCGCCGCGGGUGGAGCUCCACUAUUACAGAUAAAUCCAAUAUCAUCACAGUCAGGAAAGAGGAAAGGGAGAUCUAAGUAGACUCUAAUAGAUUCUAACGUGAUAUUAUCGCGAUAAUAUCCGAUAUCAUCGCAAUCAGGAAAGGGGAAAGGGAGAUCUAAAUAGACUUUAGUAGAUUCUAACGUGAUAUUAUCGCGGUAAUCAUCCAGUAUCAUCGCAAUCAGGAAAGAGGAGGGUGGGAUGUAAGUAGACUCUAGUGGUAGAUAUAUAGAGAAUAUUACACGUUGGCGCGAAGAUAUGAAUUUUAUUUUCGAGUGGCAAAACAAUAUUUUACGAACGAGCGCAGCGACUGAGCAAGAUAUUGUUUUUGCCACGAGAACUAAAAUUCAUAUCUUCACCCGCCGUGUAAUGUCCUUUUUAUUAUAUAGACAAAAAGACAUCGAUAAAAUAAUAGAGGGAAAUGACCGAAAUUACGUCAUGGAUAAACUCACGUGUGAGAUUAUGGAAAAGAAACCACUCGGGUCCCGGAUGUUAUGGAUAUUUUCUGGAACUUCACAUUUUCUUUAAUUCACUUUGCCAGGAAAUGAAACAACAAAUGGAGGAGCAAACAACAGUCUUUGUGCAAAUAACAUACAAAUCCCACAAGGAGGUUCCAAGACAUAUUCCUGUCGUCCCAAAGCAUAUGGCAGAUAUUUGUACAUCAGAAUACCUGGCAGAAACAAAAUUUUGACUCUCUGCGAGGUUGAAGUUUAUUCAUUAAGUAAGAGUGUUAAUCUUUCCUCCUGUUUAUUUUGUAGGUAUGCAUGAUGCUUGUGUGUGUAUCUUUUUUUUCUCCUUUUACUAAACAAGUAAUCUGAUUAAAAAAAUACUUGCCAUGGCCAUCUUUUUAUUCUGCACUGCAGACACACUACAUGUAUGUACAGCUGUACAUGUACUUUGAACAUUAACAAGUUGAUUCAGAAAUGCCUUCAAUACUUGAUUUUCCGCUGUUUAAGGCUGUACCCUAAGAAAACUUCUAAGGGGCCCAAUGCUCUAUAGCUGUGAGAUCCAGGGUGCCCAUGCCAGAAUAUGAUUUCUGAGAUUUUCUAGUAGCCCAAGAGCUGGGGAGAGCACAGCCUGAAACCCUGCUGUGUUUAUCUGUAAUUGUUAUUAUUUGUUUGGUUUUCAGUUCAGAGUAAUAUUGCCCUAUUCAAGCCGACCUCUCAGUCAAGUAGACUCGGUAAUUACUAUGCUAGCAAUGCGGUGGAUGGAAAUAGGGGUACAAUGAUUGGCAAAUGUACACACACUCUCGAAGACAACAGUCCUUGGUGGCGAGUAGACCUGGAACGAGUAGAGCCUGUAGCUGAAGUGAAUAUACUCAACAGAGGGGACUGCUGUGGGAGCAGGUUAAACGGAGCUGAGAUAAGAGUUGGUGGGUAGUAAGUGUGGGAGAUGCUGUAAUCACUUGAUUUACCUUGUUCAGAUUUGUUCCUUGUUCAUUUUGAAAUAUUUCAAUUAAUAUGAGAUUACUUUUCCAUUGGCUUUUGCACGUGCAGCACGCUUUUUUGUCUUUCCCUUGCCGUUGUUUCGCACGUUGUUUGUGCUCGAAAUCAUGCAAUUACUUAUAGAUAUUGUUAUUGUUUCAGUUUACGAUGUGAUCUUGGGUCCGUGGAUGUUGUGAUAAAUUAAGAUUGAUUCAAGGAGAGCUUCCGUAAAAUUAAAGUACAUCCACGUAAUCGUAAUUUAUCGCGUCGAACCCAAACAAGUUGGUUCUUGAGGUUUCGGGCGCCGAUCCGUUACAAGCAUUUUCUUCCUACUUGGUUACCUUCAUGUAAAGUAAAGAUUCGCACAGAUUCUAUUUCAGUGAGCCAAUACAUACAUCAAAGUAAAGGUUUUGCAAGUGCGAUUGUAGCACUCCCCUGAUCUUAAAGCGAAUACCAAGAUCGUUUCUUUGUUACCUUUUCAACUAUUAUUAUACAAGAAUUAUGUUCAAAUACUGCAGUUGAUGUUACCUCAUAUUUUCUUUUAUUCGCUUUGCAAGGAAAUGACACAACAAAUGGAGGGGCAAACAACCAUCUUUGUGCAAAUAUCACACAAAUCCCACAAGGAGGUUCCAAGACAUAUUCCUGUCGUCCCAAAGCAUAUGGCAGAUAUUUGUACAUCAGAUUACUUCGCAAGAUAGCUUUGACGCUAUGCGAGGUUGAAGUUCAUUCCUAUCUCAAAUCAGAAAGUAAGAGCGCAUUUCUUUCCUCCUGUUUAUAUUAUAGGUAUGCAUGAUGCUUGAGUGUGUAUCUUGUAUCUUUUUUUUGCCUUUUGCCAAAAAAGUAAUCUGUUUUAAAAAUUGUUUUGUAUAGUUCACAUAUCUUUUGUGGUGUUUGCCUAAUUUGAUACAGUUAUGUGAUAGAUUCUUCUUACCAAGGGAAUUCAGUUGUUAACAACAGUUUCAACAAUGUAAAAUAUUUUAAAUUCCCUUAAAUUUCAGUUUACUAAGGUGUAUUGUAUUUUUUGUCACUUUACAUCAUUCUUAAUAUUGUCCACGAUAAUCAGCCGGGAAAACCUUGAGAAAUAAAGGGGCGUCUUUUAGUGUGUACUGUACUGUAUCUUAAGCAGAAUUCAGUGAAUAUGAAUUGAUUAAGUAUGAGGAAAUUCGUCGCGCUAGUUUCUUGGUGAGUUGACGACGUGUGCGAUCACUAAAUGACAUAAUACAAAAGACUGAAAUAUAUAUAGGAUAAAGUCGACGCUCUUUCGAAGGAAAUAGCACAGCUGAAAGAGUAGGUUCUUAUCGACUGGGCCAUUACCUCUGGUGCCGAAGUAAUCGCUACCUCUGGAAAUAGCAGCCAUAAUUCUUCGAAUGAUGAAACCGUGUCUCGUAGUCUACAAUAUCGGAGCGACGAAUACGACGACCUGUCGGCCUCUAAUUCUGAUGUCGUUAAUCAGGUCAAGGCAUUAAGCCUUAAUCAGCGCAACGCUGAAGUUGCACGUGUUGGCAACCCCAUUGACGAGGUUGAGGAAUAGAGCUAUUAACUCAAUAAUUGGCCUACCAGAGAAAAUCAGUGAAACCGCAGCUGAAACAAGCGCCCUGAGCGUAAAAUUAUUCCAGGAGUUGGGGAGAGAAGUGUUUCUGUCGGACAUUGCUCAUCGCGCCCCCGCGAGACAGCAAAAUGGCGCCCCGAAACCCAUCAUCUGCAAAUUCUUGAGACACCUAGCAAAAGAAAGUGUCGUGGAAACUCGACAAAGUGCCUCUCAAGUCAACCCAUCAAACAUCGGUCUGUCUGCUGAUAGUGUUCUCGAUAGACUCAAAAUCUUCGAUCAUCUCACCCCCUAUUCAAAACCUGUUGUUCGAAGCGAAGAGAUCUAAAGAACAGAACCAAUACCGCUUCUGCUGGGCCAAGAAUUCCAUUAUAUAUUUACUGGAAGAAUGAGGGUUCCCGACAAAGUAAAGGAAAUUGGUAGUCUACGGCGAUUUGCUUCGGAGACCUGACAUUAUGAGUUUAAAGUCUUGUGACUUAGACCCUAUUCCUGUUUUUAUCAUGAAUUGUCAGUUCAGUGAUAACCAAGAUUAUCAACCUUUCAGUGGAAUCUGGAGUACUUUCUACUGAUUUGAAAGUGGCCAGUGUCAAAUUAUGGCACUGCUCAAGAAGCAAUCUUUGAGUAAUGAUGAAUUCAAGAAUUUUAGGCCAAUUUCGAAGUAGGGUUUUCUGUCUAAAGUAGUCGAGAAAUGUGUUGCCAAGUAGGUUACUGAUUAUUUAGAUGCCAAGGGUCUUAAUGUCUUGUAUCAACCAGCGUUCAGGAAACUUCACAGCACUGAGACGGUCUUAAUCCGUGUCCAUAAUGAUAUCACAAUUGCCUUAGAUCAGAAAAGAUCACUGAUUUUGCAGCUCCUUGAUCUUUCAGCGGCAAUUGAGACUCUGGAUCACUGUAUCUUACUUUCGCGCCUUUCUCGUCGAUUUGGAAUUGGUGGUACGGCAUUGGAAUGGUUUCGAUUGUAGUUGGGUGAUCGCACUCAGUUUGUAAACACCAAUGGAUCUGUACCUCCGAGCGACGUGUUCUGCAGUUGGUGUACCCCAGGGUUUGGUUCUUGGACUUCUUUUAUUCUCAUUGUACGCCUCUCUACUGAGUGAUAUCGCCAGUAAUCAUGAACUAAGUUUUCACUUUUAUGCGGAUGACAGGCAGCUUUAUGUAACGUUCGAGACGUCAUCCCUUAAUGAUAUGCAAUUGAGCAAGUGUAGAUUGGAAGGCUGUGUACUAGUAAUUGACUCCUGGACGCUUCUGAAUAAGCUAAAUUUAAAUAAAGACAAAACUUAACUUCUUGUGAUGUCAUCUUUGCACCGUGGUCGACCUCCUUUGUCACAUAUUCAUGUUUGUGAUGAGAGAGUGCUGGCUUCCCCAAGAGCGGGAAACAUUGGAGUUCUCUUCGACGAAUCUUUGAAUAUGGUUCCUCAGGUGACAGCAAUGUGCAAAUCUGCAUUCUAUCAUCUCCGUAAAAUUAGGCUCAUUCGUAAACAUCUCACCUUUGAUGCAGCCCAGCUUCUUGUUCAAGCUCUCGUUACAUCAAAGCUUGACUAAUGUAAUUCGUUACUGUACUCUCUUCCAAGUUCUGUCAUAUUACACCUGUUCUUGCGAAUCUUCACUGGCUCUCUAUUUAUCUCCGGAUUGAAUUGAAAAUACUUAUCGUUAUCUGCAAGACUUUCCAUGGACAUGAUCCUACUUAUAUCAAAGAUCUUCUUAAAUGUUACCUUCCAGUACGGGAUCUUAGGUCUUCAAAAAAAAUCUACUUGUCAUGCCUGCUUUUAACAUCAACAGUUAUGGCCGUCGAGCUUUUUCUGUUGCUACGCCGCUUCUUUGGAACAGUCUUCCUCAGCAUAUUAGGCAUGCUGGAUCACUAGACUUUUUAACAGACAGUUGAAAACAAUAUUUUUUAGACGCGCCUUUUUAAAUUGAUUACGUGACAGUGGUGUUUUUAUAUCAGAUCUUAAAUUAUUUUAUCUUAAGUUUUUGUAGUUUUCUAUUUCUAAAUUUUAAAUUUUAUCUUUAAAUGGCGCCUUGGACCCUGGGGGAAGGGCGCUUUAUAAGUGUCUCAAUAUUAUUAGUAAUAGUCAUAGUCGCUACUGGGUGGCACGACCAAUCAGAAUCGAGUAUUUCAAACACGUGACUGAGUUAAUUAACUCUCGACCAAUCAGCGUCCAGGAUUUCAUGGGGGUUAGUACUACAUGUAAAACCAUCACGAAAAGUCUCCCAACAUACCCCCGUCAUGAAAGACACACGGAAAGUCACGUUUCAACCAGUUUUAUUCUGACGUCAUACCUAGCGUUACAAUCGGGACGUGUGUGACGCGCUAGUGACGUCACGCCCUUGUGUUAAAACAGAUACGUAAAAUUAUUUAAAUUAACGUAGAUUGGUGCUCUGUAUAGUUCAUUACAUUGUUGUAUAAAUUUACGUUUAGUUUUCCAAUUGCUCCAUCCAUCUCUUUUGGAACACCAACAUAAUUUGACCAGAGACGGGGAAUACGCGUGACAUUGGUGAAUCUUAAUGUUGAAUGACAGUUCCAAAAAGAAAUUGAUCCAAAAUUGAUCGUGAAGUUCGUGACAACGUUUUAGAUAAGGUUUUAUAUCAAAGUUUACGAAACCGUUGUUGUCGCACGUGGAACAGCAACAAAGUUUAACAAGAGAGGGUCUAUGUCCAUGACAACCGUGGGCAAUUAGUGAACGAAGAAAUCUGUAACAUAAAUUGCAAUGUUUUAUGAAAAAGUCCGGUCAUAAAAAAGAAAUUGAACCGCAGUAAUUAAUGCUGGCGAAUAAUGAUUGAGUUCUCUACAUCGUCUAACAAAAGCACGCCUUGGAGUCGGUGUCCACUGUCUCCAACCCCCUUUUGUAGAACACCAACAUAAUUUGACCAAAGAUGGACAAUAGUCGUGACAUGUAUGAACUUUUUGAAAUGCAAUCCGUUGUAGCUGUAGUUUGUUGGAAAACGGACCACCAUAAGAGAAUUAUUUCUCAGCCAUAGUUGUCUUUGGACAAACACGCGGCGGGUUGAUUAUGCAAAAAUCUUCAACUUAAGACCAGGUAUCGUGUAAAAAAAAUGCAAUUAAGAAUUAGCCGUUUAGCUUUUGUCUUUUUUAAAAAAUAAGCGAUUAGGACAUUGAGUUCCCACUUCGAAAAAAGUCAAGGAAUGUUGUUUCACAAUCAUCUAGAACAUGUUGUAUUUCUUUGCAAAAUUGUAAUUCUCUGUCUAUCGACAAAUCUAUGAAAUACCUGUCGCAAAAACUGCAAGACGAUUCAGAAAAAGAGGGCUCUUUUAACCCUGAUUUGAUAGUAAACAAUCUAUUAUGUGUUCAACAUACAAACACGCCUUCCGUUCAAUCAUGAUUUCAUUCUUAAAAGUUCAGUUUGCUCGGAAAAAAGUCUUAACUCUCACCAAUAUUCUUUGAAACAUUGUCCAGCGUCAAAGGAUAGCCAGUUUUAUUGGACAUGUAUUCUAACCGACUUAUGCGGCUUUUGUUGACAAACUCAUCCAACAAGAAAAGCUGAAUCACUGCGACGGUUGUGCUAUUCAACACCCAAGUCAAAACCAACAUUCUUGCCUCAUGAUGGAUAAUGAUGACGCAUGGAAGUAUUACCAAGAUGAAGUGGUGGAACAAAUUGACCUGAAUUCUAUGCUGAACGCUACCGAAAGUAUAUGCAGUGCUGUCGGCUUCAAACUACGUAAAUCAUGGGAAGCGUACUGCCAAAUAUUGUCGUGGACCAGUAUUUACCUCGCUUCUCUGGAACGUGAUGUUGUUUAGCAGGGUGAUGAUCUUCAAAGCCGUAUUUUAUACGCUCUAUACUACGCACCAAAUGGGCUCAAAUGGAAGGAUUUCAGUGAUCAACAAGAAACAAUAGAAUGCCCUGAUAGAGUCGUGAGAAAAGAAGAACACCAAUGGACCUCGACAUGAUAAUUAAUGACAUCCAAAAUAAGCUUUGUUUCUAAAAGUAAUAAAAUUUCUUCAUGAUGACUAAGCGUGUGUGUUUGUCUCUGUCUUUUUCAAGAUGGGGCUUUCUCUGUGUUUGGUUUGGGUAGACUUUUCUCUGUAUCGCAUUGUAUAUAUAGAGUUUUCCUUUAUGUCUAAAAAAUGUCAUUUGUUCAUAGUUUGUAAAUGGUUUAAUAUACUAAACACGGUUUGUUGUCUGUCUAGCCGCGCGCGCGUGUGUGCGCCACGCGCGAUUCAAUCACCCGCGUAAAGGAAAAACACAGUGAUAUACAAGGCCCUUGUGGCCCCCGGUGGCCCCUGUGGCCCGUUCUCAGUAGUCAUAAACUUCGUGUCAUUAGCGGUUUUAUUCAGUUGAUAUCGAACCUUUGUACCGUGAACAUCAUGGGUAAGCGUGUCUGUCGUCAUUGCCCGAUACCGGGAUGUCACUCUAAAUUUUUAGUUUGAUUAGCAAACCAUUUGGCUCAGGUACACGAUUUAUCAGAGAUACCAAUGCGAUUCGUGUGUAUGACAAAGAGGCUAACACUGGAUGAAAAAACAAAUGUGAAAUGAGAUAAAUGUGGGACAAAUGUGGUCUAAAUAUAAAAUUUGUCAUAUUUGUUCACAUUUGUGCAAAGCACAAAUUAGACAUUUGUCUUUAAGACAAAUAGGAUAAUGAUGCAUUUGCUAUCUAAGACAAAUGUGAACAAAUGCUGUGUAAAUGUAGGACAAAUUUAACAUUUGCUUUGUGACAAAUACAGAUAAAUGAGCCAAACUGCAAACAAAUGUGUUCAAAUGUGUUCAAACUUUGUCAAAUAACAUAUUUGUAUGGACAAAUAUAGAGCAAAUUUUAUAUUGUAAAGUGAGCGUGACAGGCCAGUACAUACGUUCUACCCUUCUCUCUUUUCUUCCCUGGAAUCUACCCCUUUAUUGCUUUAAAGUGGACUAAUGCUGCAGAAGUUCAUUCAACUCAACUAGGACAGGUUGAAAGACCAUCAGUUCGACCCCUUUCCCCCUCAUUUAUCACAACCCUUGCCUGAAACCCUGAUAUAACGAAGACACUGCUAAAACAGUAACAAUCUUCAUUGCACUUCGUUCCUUGAAACUUCUUAAAUAUCAGAGUUCCACUGUAAAGGGUGCAAGGUGAUUACAGUAUUUAAAGAAAAAUGACUCAAGAAUUUUAACUGACAAUUCUCAUUUAUUUCACAAAGCUUGUCCUGAUCUUACAAUAACUGUAAAACAAAACUAAAACAUUAAGUUUCAUUUCAGGAUGACCAAGUCAAAAGACUUUAUUAGGUAGAUAAAUAAACAGAAAGUGACCAAGUUGGGAUUGCAAAAAUCACUUUUUUUCCAAAGUGACCGAAAUGGGGUCUAUAAUAUGGCCACAGAGUAGACUAUCGGUAUACAGUAAUGGGAUAGGGAUACUGAGAGGCCAGCGGCACAUACCCAUUAAAAAUUAACCAUUAAAUAAAACUUUCCCUUCAGGUACCAUUGGUACAACAUCCAACAAAGUGUAUCUUUAGUUAAUUACCACAGGAAAGAUAACAAUCUUCAUUGCACUUAGUUCCACUGUUAUUAGAGUAUGUAAUCUUAAAUAAUAGCUAUUAAAAACACCUCUGUUAAGUGGACACCUUGAGAUGGUCCCUGUUUCUCUUUAUAACUCACUCUAUUUGGAUCUCCAUAAGACGGAUAUACCGAAUCAGUAGUGCUGGUCCCAAAGGUGUCCAUCUUAAAGAGAGUUGACUGUCCAGACAAAAUAUUCUUAUUUCUUAUAUUAAAAAUAUAUCUAAAUGCACUUUAGGAAAUACCAAUAACAAAAAGCAAAUGCCUCACAAUUGCCAAGGUUUGUUUGGUGGGCCAAAGGUAACAAAACUAAUGAAAUAGCUGACUUCUGGAGUGACCGCUAGAGGGUUUAAUGUACAUUUGUCAUUAAUCAAUAAUGCUACAAAGACUUGACUAAAAUUUGGUAAACAGCAAAAAUUUCACAUAUCAUAAUAUAUUUUUGUACACGCAUCUUAUUGAUAGCUUGAGAAUUUGCAAAGUAAUCAAAGACUAUACCAUUUGCACUCUUCAAUGUUUGCCACAGUUAACCAAAUAAUCCAAGUUACAUUUAUGUAAGUUCUUAGAAAAUCCAUAACAUGUACUGUUAUUAAAAUCUAUAAACAAAUAAUGGACUUUGGACAUUUAAGCCAACAGUUAAUUCUUGAUUAUCUGGACCUCAAUUAACCAACUUUUUGAUUAUCACAACUUUUCCUCUGGUCAAAGAUUUCUUAAAUGAAUAUUGCAAAUAAACGAGAAGGUAAACCUAAGCCUGAUUUUCUUUUGGCUUCACAUCUUCGAAAGAGUCAUUGAAAAGCUCUCUUUUGUCUUUGAAAAGCAAAGUUGGUACUUUUAUGUGAUGUCAGCCUGCAAGGAAAGUCGUGUCCGAUAGCCCAGGGCUAGUGGAUUUUGCUAUCGGGCUAGUGAUUUUUGUUCUUAACUUGCCUGAUGGGCAAGUGCUGUUUUUUGGAGAAAUUCAAAUUACCGAAGGAUUGUAAUCAAUCCUGCUAAUCAAAAAGGGUUUGGGGGCUAGUUGAAAUGACUUGUGGGCUAGUACGGGGUAGCUACAGCUUGCCAGAAUGGCAGGCUGUAAAACUGACUUUCUUUGCACCCUGGAUGUAUAUGAUAAAUUAAGCUACCGGUACCCUAUUAAGACAAAAAUUGCCACAGUUGAUUAUCUUCUGUGGAAGGUAGCCUCAUACUACUAAUAACAUAUACUUUUCUAUUAUCUCUAGGGUGAACCUAAAUCAAAUUUUCUAUAAAACAAUUUAAUGAGAGUGCAUACAGUUGAAUUAAUCAGUUGUGAUCAUGGAUCUGAGAUGGAAAUAUGACUAAAUUUUGAGUCGGUGUCUGUUUGUGAUGGGGCUUUCUCUGUCUUUGCCGCGAGUUGACUUUUCUCUGUAUCGUGCGCAAGCCAAAACACUGAAAGUGUAUUCAAGUGAGAUAGAGAAGCUUGAACAAAAAUUUAAAUAUCUACUAGAAAAGUUGAAAGAACACCACUCUGAGGUCUUUUCAAAAGUAAACUGGGGACGAUUGGUGGUGUUUUUGACUUCGCGGAUAAGCUAGGAUUAACCGAGGAGGAAUGGGAACUAUUAUUUUAUUUUCUCGUGCCCACUCUCACCCAGAUUCGAGGGUAGCUAUAUAACUAAACAAGAGAAAAGAAAUCAUUCGGGUUUGAACCUUCAUAGCGAUCACCAGUGAUGGGGUGCUGUCCUCCUUCGUCCACUUUUGGAUUCGAACACAUCUUAAGCCGCAUCCUGCUGUGGGGGUAGAGUUAUCGUACAAAAUUCGGAGCACUGUGAUGGAGAAAACACUGACCACCAUUUAUCUCGACCCAAGUCAACCCGCGAGUUUCGAUAGUUUAGAUCCUGUUUACGGAGCAAUCAAAGAAAAAGGAAAGAACAAGAUAUAGCGUAAGCAAGUCCGAGAUUGGUUAAGUCAGCAAGAUGUUUAUACUCUUCACAAGCCAGCAAGAAGACGCUACAAGAGAAGUCGAGUCGUCGUUUUUGGAAUAGAUGAGUAAUUUCAAGCGGAUUUGGUCGACCUCCAAAAUCUCAGUCGCUACAACAAGGGCUAUAAAUACUUACUGACUUGUAUAGAUAUCUUCAGCAAGUACGCGUUUAUGUUACCGUUGAAGACAAAACAAGGUCAGGAACUGGUCAAAGCCUUUCAAAAGAUCCUUUCUACUGGUCGCAAACCCAUCAAACUGCAAACAGAUCAAGGAACAGAGUUCAAGAAUCUCGUGUUCCAGAAAUUUAUGCGUGACAACAACAUUGCUUUUUUCACUGUUAACUCUGGGCUCAAAGCCUCAGUGGUUGCACGUUUUAACCGCACAUUUAAGAAUAAGAUGUACAAAUAUUUCACGGCCAAAACACUCUCACCUAUAUCAAUGUAUUACCCCAGUUAGUGUCUUCUUACAAUAACACUUACCACCGAAGUAUUAAAAUGAAACCGAGUCAGGUGACUAAAGCGAAUGAAGCUAAAGUGUGGGAUACUUUGUAUGGGGAUGAUGUUCAAAAGCCUGUGCGAUAUAAAUUUCAAUUGGGAGAUCGCGUCAGGAUUAGCAAAGUGAAGAGAAUGUUUGAAAAAUCUUACUUACCUAAUUUUACGGAAGAAAUUUUUACUGUUUACAGGCGAAUGGCUCGUCAAGUACCCGUUUAUAAACUAAACAUGAUGAUGCAGGUGAAAUCUUAGAUGGAACAUUUUAUGAACCCGAAUUACAGAAAAUGAUUAAGAACGAUGAUGUGUACCGCGUCGAGAAGAUUCUGCGGAAGAGAAAGCGUAAAGGCGUAGUAGAGUAUCUGGUGAGAUGGAAAGGAUACGAAGAUCCAAAAUUUGAUUCUUGGGUUCAAGAAAGAGAUAUUUUGAAAUUGUAAUUUAUGCAUUUUUUGUGUAGUGAAUAAAAGAAAAUGAAAUAAUAAAAUGAAUGGUGUGUGGUUUCUAAUAAAUUUAGAAUACCCAGAUUAAAAAGUUCAUUUCAACACAGCGUACGAUGGAGGUAAAACAGUUUUAUCUGCAUCUCCUUAGCAAUAGCAGCCUCGAUAAGUUUUCCAGCAACACAUUAACGGAGUACCAAGUUGGUUUACCUCAAACCGUUAGCUUGACAGGCGACUGGGAAGUAGCGUUAACGGAAAUUCACUAUCCUCACAGCUGGAAUAAUGUGCAAGAAAAUUUUGGUAAUCGAUUCUACCUUCGGAACCAAGAAUUGUCCGAAGAAUGGGAAGCCCUAAUUGUACCACCAGGUCAUUAUUCUUUCAUUGGAGAUAUCUUACCAAAGAUGAAAGAGCUGAUCGAGAAUGUAAAGCGUUUCAAUGACGAUGUGACAUUUUCCUACGAUGCGUUCACGAGAAAGGUGACUGUUCACCUACAAAAUAACGUAGAACUUUUCUUUGGUAACAUUGGAUACCUGCUGGGAUUUUCACCAGAAGAAAUUAUUUCUAAUACCUCUGCCGCUGAAAGACAAGUGGAUUUGGAAUACGGCUUUCACGACCUUUUCAUUUACUGUGAUCUUAUUCAGUCACAAUAUGUUGGAGAUGCAUUGGUACCUUUGCUUCGAAUUGUUCCUGUAGAAGGAAAGGUUGGGGAGCGAGUCAGUAAAUCAUUUUUGCGCCCCCAAUCAGUCAACCUGUCAGCAGAAAGCAAUUUGAAACUGUCGAAGUCAAUACAAAGACAGAAACAGGGGAGUCUGUACCAUUUGGGUUUGGGAGAGUGUUGUUAACACUUCAUUUUCGUCAAAGUGCACCUCAGUACUUUUAAAGAUGAAAAAACUCCACACUCCAAAUCACAAGUUGUACGAACAGUACUAUGUUAAUCAAGCCAAACAAAAAGGUGGGAGUUUACCAGCGUUUCACGGUGCUCGAUUUCAGCAUGGUUAUGGACUAGGGUCCAUAUUCAGAGGUCUGUUUCACUGGGCGAUGCCUCACCUUCAACAGGGUGCUAAGGUGAUUGGAAAAAAGGCUUUACAAACAGGUGUCAAUGUCGUCCAAGAUGUUCUUGAUGGAGAUAACAUUAAAACAAACCUUUAUCUCCAAAGGGCAAAAGAUCGACUACCACCCCAUCAGUAACAUCACCGACAGUGGUCCGAUCGAAUUUUAUGUUUCGGGAACCGGAGAUGAGUAUUUGGACUUGGCACGUACUCAGUUAUUUGUUAAAGCCAAGAUCACAAAGAUACACAAGUAGGCCCCGUGAACCUGUUUUUACAUUCCCUGUUUUCCCAAGUGGACGUUUCCUUGAACGAGCGAUUGAUCUCUCCAUCCACCAAUACCUACCCUUAUCGCGCCAUGAUCGAAACCUUGCUAAACUACGGAGAAGAAGCAAAAACCAGUCAACUUUCUAUGGCCAUGUUUUACAAAGAUACCCCUGGAAAAAUGGAUGUUGCCAACCCUGUGGCUGCAGACGAUGCUGCAAACAAGAGGUUAAAGGCUCGCUAUGAUUUCACUAAAGAAAGUCAUAUUGUAGAUACGAUGGGGCCCAUUCAGAGCGACAUUUUCUUUCAAGACCGGUUGAUGCUAAAUGGAGUGAAUUUAAGAAUCAAACUGAACCGAGCCAAGAACUCGUUUUGUCUAAUAUCAUCAGCAGCCGCUCCAACUUUCAAGGUGGUAAUCACAGAAGCCAUCUUGUUCGUUCGCCGGGUGAAAUUGGCCUCCUCUAUUGUACUUGGCGAUGCGGUUGCACUAAAACACUCCAGCGCCAAGUACCCGGUUCGCCGAGUCGAUUGUAAAGUGCUGUCUAUUCCAAGAGGAUUUAGCAGUUUUAACCCCGACAACAUCUUUUUGGGUCACAUUCCUAAACGAAUCGUGCUGGUCUUAGUGGAUACUCAGGCAUAUAAUGGAACUUAUAGUACCAACCCGUUCAACUUCAAACACCACAAUCUAACUCAAGUGGGUGUCUAUGUGGACGGAGAGCAAAUUCCUCGGAAAAUCCUGUUCUUGAAUUUUGACGAAGCCAGAGGUCAAAAUGUAAUAGCGGGCUAUCAAAGCCUGUUCUCAGGCACUGGAAAGCUAUCCCAAGAUGCGGGUAAUCAAAUCAGUAGAAGCGAUUAUGGCUCUGGUUACACAGCAUUCUGCUUUGACUUGUCCCCAGACCACUGCUCAGGUGACCAUUUUGAGCUAAUAAAGCAAGGUAACCUGCGCGCUGAGCCUCAUUUCAAGGAACCACUGGCCAAUACGGUUAACCUUAUCGUGUACGCUGAAUUCCAAAACGUGAUUGAAAUUGACGGGAACCGCAACGUGUUGUUCGACUACACAAACUAAAAAUGGACACUAUUCAACUGACCCUUAUUUUGAGAAAGGAUAAAUUUACACGAGGUUUGUUUCAAGGCGUGUAUCCCUCAGAUCAGUUACCCAGCCCUGUUUAUCGCCAAUGUGGAUACGAGUGACAAGCCAGGUUCGCAUUGGGUGGCGUUUUAUUUCACCAAGGAGCAAUGGGAAGAAUUUUGCGAUUCUUACGGAUCACCACCCAGCAAAUACAAUACUACCCUUUUAAACAACAAUUCUAACCAGUGGUCUUUUAAUACUGUGACCUUACAAAGCAUCUUUCUAAAAGUCUGCGGACAUUACUGUUUGUAUUUUGCUUUAUAUCGUAGUCGGCAUAUAAGUAUGAGUGCUAUUGUCCAUCGUUUUUGUAAAAACACAAGUAAAAAUGAUAGUCUCGUAAAACGAUUUAUUGAAAAACAUUUUCCUAAACAUUUUCCUAAUUUUCCGAAAUAUCGUACUGAUGUAAACAAGCAAAGAGCAAAAGCACAACACUAAGUUCAGUAAACAGAUACCAUGUAAUUUCUUUUCAACACAUUUUAUUGAAUUACAAAAUGAAGUUUUGUGUUUCACAAUAAAAAAAGUCUCUUGUCAUGAUUUAUAAUCGUAACCAUCGAACAGCCUGAGGGUGAGGACUCUCGACUCUGCGCCUCUGCUUUUUGGCAGAAGAUAACGUCACAGGUGGGAUGGGUAGCCAACGUGAAGGACUUUCUGGGGUCUCCUCUCUCACUCUUGCUUGGGGAUUACGAACCAAGUUUUCGGGGACAUUCAUUCGAGCCAGGCCCAUCGCAAACACGGACCACCCCACUGGUUCAAAUCCUUUUCGGUGACGCAAUGUGUCGUUGACUAGGUCGACCACAUGAGAACCUGGGAUUGGUUUGUUUUCAUACAACAGCUCUCCUUUAUCAUUCCAGUGCAACACGUCCUGGUGUUUUUUUAAUUUUAUCCAACAACUGUCUAGCCCCAGCUUUGUAAAUUUUGGGUACACUUUUCACGAAAUCUUGCUCUCCUGCUGUUGGAAGAGAAUUAUCUGGAGAAGCUUCCUCUGUAGAUUCUGCGUUCUCAACUGGCUUGGGGGUUUCUGUUGUUUAGGGGUAGUUAACUUCACAUGGAGAGGCUGGCCUUUCCGCUGAUCGUAAUAAGUCAAGUACCGUUGCAACACCUGAUUGUAAAGCUUCGCCUUUUCCUCAUCACCAAGUUGUUUACUUUCUAAAAUAUCCCCCAUUUGGCUAUCCAGAUUUUUCAGAGUUUGUGUUACAGGUGGUGUUAAUAUCUGCUGGCGUUGCUGCAAUCGUUCCAGAGUGUUUUCAGGAACGAGAACGAUGCGUCUUGUAUGAUUCAUCUUAACUAAGAAGCGAGCUCAACACUCGAAGAACGGGAGGUAGCAAAACACUUAAAAAGUUUCCUCCGUGUUGUACCAAGAUUUGCUUUUUCUUGUUUAGCGGGAUACUCUUUUCAGCCAGAGCAGUCAAGGCUUUCUUGUGCUUAAGAAGUUUUCUCUUGGCCGGUUUACUGACAGGGACUGUUUCUUUAAGUACGUUGAAUACACACUUACAAAUGGCUUUUACUAAAGCGUCGUCGGCUGCUUUCAAAAUUGCUUUACGUUGAGCUGGGGUACACUUGACGAGGAGCUUAAGAAAAUCGUGGUUCUUUCUUAGUCACUGGGCCAUACUCAACUGAUAUCAAUCACUACGACGGAGCUUUUUUAUACCUUUCUGACAUAGGCGAGCUGAGUCUCCCCAGGGAAAAUGUUUGUGCGUAACCGGAAGUCGGUAGGUGUUUCCGGUUUGAGGUCGCAUAACAGGUAGCCAUAAGGGCGUUUUGUGGCAUCCUGAAACGCUUCUUGCAUGUAUUUGACAUGACCGGGAAACAUCUGUUUCGCCAAGUGACUGAGUUGACUGCUAUCUCGCGGAGACUUGAACAUCACCAAAUAAUGGCAAUUCAAACUCAUGUCUCUCAGUUCUUUUCCCCGGUGAAAAAUAUUUUGAAGAAUGAAAAUAACGCUUAAAGGGACAGUGUCCCGAUUAUGCGCACGCGCGAGUGUCAUCUGUUUUUUCUUCAAAAGACAAUAGAACUGUCAUAUUGACUCGACAAGAUUUCCUUCCGGACCGCACCGCCGACGGGGUUUUGUUGUUUAUAUUCUCAAGUAAUAUUUUAGACUUUUGCGAUCGAAGAAGUCUUUCGUCUUAUAUAAAUAUUUGGUUCGCGGUUCGAGGACUCAUCGCGAUUUUAUCGCUAGCUGGGCCGCCUCGCGUCCGAAAAUCUUGUUUCGCUCGCUUUAAAAACAUAUUUUCAAAUUUGAAACUCGUGUCAGAGGUAAAUUGUGCCAAGUCCAGUAAUAUCUGCCUGAUUUGCUCGCGUUCUAGCCUCAAACGUUGAAAGACAAAAAAAUGCAAUCUCAACACUAUGAAUCAUCACGAAGGUUAGUAAAAAUUAUAUUAUGAUUUCAGGGCACUAGUUUUUCUAAACAUGUAGCGCCUGUUUGUUUGAUUUUGUCGGCCGUAGGGAGAUUGAUUCAAAAGUUUACUAACGCGUCGUUGCAAAACAUUCUGCUUCGCGAAGCUCCCCUCCACAAGAUCGCCUCAGUCACAUCCAUGUAUCAAUGGUUUCUUUCUUACAGUCUCUAUUGUUUCUGUUUCAUUUCUGCGUAUUCCUUUCACAAUUAUCUGAGCUUGUAUGGAAGCUAGCAGAAGAAAUAAGCCUUCAAUCGUCAUCAAAGUGCUUCCAAUCGUUUGGUCCUCCGGCCAACGGCAAUAAAAGUAACGCCAUAAAAUCCAGAUUUUGCCCAAAUCGAAACUUAACCGGAACAAUGUAUCACUGAUCUGUAAUCCUGAGAAGUUUAAUUGUCGUAUUGAACCCGGCCAAGCGCGAUGCAAACGGAUUUUUCAAGGUUCUCUUACUGUCCUCGAAUCUUUUGAUUUCGCGACAUUCUGUCCAAAAAUCAAAGUUUGGUGCAUGCGCAGUAACGGGAUACCGUUCCUUUAAAUUUCGGUGAUGACAGCCCUUAGUAAACAAAUUGGUAAUUCUUUAAUCAUUGCUAAGUUCCUGCAUUAAAUCGUCAAUGACCACUAAAUUCCGAAUGGUUGGGUUUAUCAUGGAUAACUCCUUCGACGAACGUGAUGUUUGGAAUAGUCCUUAGCAUUUCAUCCUAAGCCGGUUGCUAUAUUCCAUAACACCAAAUGAUAUUUUCAGGAGCUCUGUCUAUUAAUUCUUCUCCAGAUUCCAACAGGUGUUUGACAAAAUGACUUUUUCCACAACAAGUGGGGUCAGCUACAAUAGCAGGAAAGGGGUGUUUCCACCUUGGGUCCAUGUUGACAACUGACUGGUUGAACUGCGUUUGCUCUUAUUUAUAGCGAAAUGGUCUUUGGAGGAGUAUCUUUAUCAUAAACUCGAACCAUGUUGGUAUUUUGUAAUUAAGCAAACUGGAGCCAAUAUUUUCUCCCUAAGUCAGACAGCUCGUGUACCUGAGCCAAAUGGUUUGCCAAUCGAACUAAAAAUUUAGAGUGACAUCCCGGUAUCGGGCAAUGACGACAGACACGCUUACCCAUGAUGUUCACGGUACGAAGGUUCGAUAUCAACUGAAUAAAACCGCUAAUGACACGAAGUUUAUGACUAUUGAGAACGGGCCACACGGGCCACCGGGGCCCACAAGGGCCUUGUAUAUCAUUGUGUUUUUCCUUUACGCGUGUGAUUGAACCGCGCGUGGCGCGCGCGCGGCUAGACAGACAUCAAACCGUGUUUAGUAUAUUAAAUCAUAUUUAUUUACAAACUAUGAACAAAUGACAUUUUUUUAGACAUAAAGGAAAACUCUUUAUAUACAAUCCGAUAGAAAGCCCCAUCUUGACAAAGACAGAGACAAGCACACACCGACUCAAAAUUUUAGUCAUCAUGAAGAAAUUUUAUUACUUUUAGAAACAAAGCUUAUGUUGAAUGUCAUUAAUUAUCAAGUCAAGGUCCAUUGGUGUUCUUCUUUUCUCACGACUCUAUCAGGGCAUUCUAUUGUUUCUUGUUGAUCACUGAAAUAUUUCCAUUUGAGCCCAUUUGGUGCGUAGUAUAGAGCGUAUAAAAUACGGCUUUGAAGAUCAUCACCCUGCUAAACAACAUCACGUUCCAGAGAAGCGAGGUAAAUACUGGUCCACGACAAUAUUUGGCAGUACGCUUCCCAUGAUUUACGUAGUUUGAAGCCGACAGCACUGCAUAUACUUUCGGUAGCGUUCAGCAUAGAAUUCAGGUCAAUUUGUUCCACCACUUCAUCUUGGUAAUACCUCCAUGCGUCAUCAUUAUCCAUCAUGAGGCAAGAAUGCUGGUUUUGUCUUGGGUGUUGAACAGCACAACCGUCGCAGUGAUUCAGCUUUUCUUGUUGGAUGAGUUUGUCAACCAAAGCCGCAUAAGUCAGUUAGAAUACAUGUCCAAUAAAACUGGCUAUCCUUUGACGCUGGACAAUGUUUCAAAGGAUAUUGGUGAGAGUAAAUACAACAUGUUCUAGAUGAUUGUGAAACAACACUCCUUGACUUUUUUCGAAGUGGGAACUCAAUGUCCUAAUCGCUUAUUUUUUAAAAAAGACAAAGGCUAAACGGUUUGUUCUUAAUUGCAUUUUUUUUACACGAUACCUGGUCUUAAGUUGAAGAUUUUUGCAUAAUCAACCCGCCGCGUGUUUGUCCAAAGACAACUAUGGCUGAGAAAUAAUUCUCUUAUGGUGGUCCGUUUUCCAACAAACUACAGCUACAACGGAUUGCAUUUCAAAAAGUUCAUACAUGUCACGACUAUUGUCCAUCUUUGGUCAAAAUGUUGGUGUUUCAAAAGGGGUUGGAGACAUGUGUUUUUGUUAGACGAUGUAGAGAACAAUCAUUAUUCGCCAGCAUUAAUGUCCAUUUCUUUUUUGGACUUUUUCAUAAAAAUUGCAAUUUGUUUUACAGAUUUCUUGUUCCACUAAAAUGGGGGUUAAACUUUGUUGCUGACGUGCGACAACAAGUAAAGGAUAUAAAACACCGAACUCGAUCAAAGAAAUGUCUUUGAACAUUAAGUCAAUUUCUAUUUUUUUUAUAUAUAACUGUCAUUCACCAUUAAGAUUCAGCAAUGUCACGAGUAUUCCCCGUCUCUGGUCAAAUUUUGUUGGUGUUCCAAAAGAGAUGGAUGGAGCAAUUGGAAAACUAAACGUAAAUUUAUACAACAAUGUAAUGAACUAUACAGAGCACCAAUCUAUGUUAAUUUUAUUAAUUUUACGUAUCUGUUUUAACACAAGGGCGUGGCGUCACUAGGGCGUCACACACCUCCCGAUUGUAAAGGUAGGUAGGACGUCAGAAUAAAAUUGGUUGAAACGUGACUUUUCGUGUGUCUUACCUGACGGGGGAAUGUUGGGAGACUUUUCGUGAUGGUUUUACAUGUAGUACUAACCCCAUAAAAUCCUGGACGCUGAUUGGUCGAGAGAUAAUUAAUUCAGUCACGUGUUUGAAAUACUCGAUUCUGAUUGGUCGUGCCACCCAGUAGCGACUAUGACUACUAUUAUUAUUAUUAUUAUUAUUAUUAUUAUUAUUGUCUCUAUUAUCACAGUCUUUGCUGGUGUUCAUUUUGUGCAUCAGCCGGGCGUAGACCAUGCACCUAGAGCGUCAGUCACUCAAGUCAAUCAUUCUGUUCAUACACUGAGCACCUUUCUAAGGAUUGGUGCAGAUCCCAGCAUGUAGAUCUUUUGAAUCUCUGUCAUAGUAGCUCUCUCCGAUACUUUGUUGAUGUUUUCUACCAUACCCUUCUUCACUGUACCAAGCGCACCAACAACCACAGGGAUCACUACGGUUUUCAUAUGCCACAUUCUCUGUAUUUCUAGUUCUAGGUCUUUGUUCUUGCAUUUUUUUCAGUUUCCUUCAGUGCGAUGUUUCUAUCUGAUGGAACAGUCAUAUCAAUAAGUUUGCAGGUGGAAUUCACUGAAUCUUUAACGAUGAUAUCUGGUCUGUUCGCUGUUAUAGUUCUAUCAGUAUUGACUGGCAUGUCCCACAUGAUGGUGAUGUUGUUAUCUUUAUUGUGUGUCACGGUCUCUGGUUCGUGUUCGUACCAUUUGUCUGUAAUCUCUAUAUCAUGAUCUUUACAUAUGCUCCAAUGGAGAUAUGUUGCAGCAUUAUUGUGCCGGGAGAUGUACUCUGUUUUGGCUAAUACCUCACAUCCAGAUACAAUAUGGUCCACUUUCUCUUCUUGUUGCAAACACAAUCUGCAUUUGCUCUCCACUUGCUGGCCACAUAUUACUUUCUGGUAGUUUUUAUUAUUAUUAUUAUUAUUAUUGUUGUUAUUAUUAUUAUUAUUAUCUCUUUUAUCACAGUCUUUGCUGGUGUUCUUUUUGUGCAUCAGCCGGGCGCAAACCAUGCACCUAGAGCGUAAGUCACUCAAGUCAAUCAUUCUGUUCUUUUAACGACAUUCAUCGACAAGAUCUGCAAUAAUGUCGAAAUCGAACCACACCUUCAACCCCUGGACAACGAGCGAUUUCAUUUGAGGAGCGCUGUUACAAGUUCUGAGGCAAAGUUGGACAUCAGAGCGGGAGGUUUCUGGGCAAGAGGAGUUACGGCAUUUUUUGAUGUUAGAGUUACGCACGUCAACUCCAAGUGUUACCAGAGCAAGCCAACAUCGGAAGUGUUCAAAGA